CCGUUUGCUAGGCCCGCCUGAAGUCCAAGAUCAAGGCGUCCGCGGGAUUGUUUCUUACGGGGCUGCAGCACCUGGCCCGAAGACACCCCCGGUUUUGCGGUGUUUUCACGUGGACCUUUCUUCUGCGCAGGAGCAGCCCUGGUGUCUCUCCUCGUGUCCAGAUUUCCUCCUCUUAUGGGGACAGCAAUCCGAUGGGAUUAGGGCACACCAGGAUGGUUUCACAUAAUUAUCUCGUUAAAGACCCCGUCUCAAACCCGCAAAUAUUCUGAGGUCCUAGGGCUUAGGGUUCCAACAUAGAGGUUUUUAGGGGAACACCAUUCAGCCCUGGACAGAAGGCUUUCACCGGAAUGGACAAGGAAGGAAACAUUUACCGCCAGAGUGUCACAAUGGCCUUGAGGUCUCCAAGCAGGGUGGCUGAGGCAUUUUUGUGUGCAGGGCCCACCUGUGCCUCAUCUGUGUUUGUGCCCCCCGGGGAGCCUUCUUCAGUCUCUCUUGGUAAUUAGAGUUUUCUGGUGUCAGCAUGAAGGUCUCUUCCCUGAGGAUGUUCUCCCUGACCCUCCUUCUUCAGAUCAGUCUGCACGUCCCUCAUUCGGCAUCUCCAGGACCAUGCCAUUCCUGUGUCUUCUCUCUCCGGGGCACAGGGGUGCAGGAGCACCUGGCACGGGGGCCCUUAGAAUGAUUGCUGCCAAAAUCCAAAGGCGAACCAAUGAGUGGCGGUGACGCAAGAAAGGAGUGUAUUUCAGGGAGGCCACCGCGGGCAGGACAAUGGACUGGUGACUCGAGACCGGUGCCUCCAGGUUCAUAUAAGGACGAUGUGGGACAGAGGUUGGCGGAUGUGUGCAGGUGGGCAGUGAAGGUCGGAUCGAUCGUCGGAUUCGGGCCACUCGCACCGGGUCCUCCAGGCUCAGGGCAGCCGUGCUGGCUUGAGGGUGCAGUUUCGGUUCCCAGCAGGGACAUGCUUUGCCCAAGGUGUCCUGGCGGUCGAGCAUGGACCCGGUCGCUGCCCACAGCCGCCACCUCCUCCAGCAGCUGCAUGAGCAGCGAAUCCAAGGCCUGCUUUGUGACUGCAUGUUGGUGGUGAAAGGGGUCUGCUUCAAAGCGCACAAGAACGUGCUAGCAGCGUUCAGUCAGUAUUUCAGGGGCCUCUUUCAGAAUUCUUCAGGCCAAAAAGGUGAUGUUUUUCACCUGGAUAUUAAAAACGUCAGCGGCAUUGGGCAGAUCCUGGACUUCAUGUACACAUCCCACCUGGAUCUUAACCAGGACAACAUACAGGUGGUGCUGGACAUAGCCCAGUGUUUGCAGGUGCCAAAUGUCCUGAGUCUGUGUCACGCAUUCUUAAAAUCGACCGCUGUGGAGCAGCCCCCGGGCACGGCCUGUGCCAGCACCUUCCCCCUGCAGAGCGCGCUGACUGCCGGCCCCAGCGGCGCCGGAAAUGAGAACUACCCUCCUCCCCUGCUGCCAGAGUCCCCUGCGGAGGUCCAGCAGGGGAAGGCCUUGGACGAGCCUCAUUCUCCCGCGCCUCCAGCCGCCGGUCUUCAUCACCCUGCGGGCGAGGCAUCCAAACAGGCGCCCGAUCCGCUAGAGGGCGGCUGCCCGGAGCUGCCUUCCAGAACAGGCUACUACUACAAACUCAGAAGCUUCUACAGUAAGCAGUACUAUAAGCACGCCGCGGGUCCCGGUCACGAGAGGGCCAGCGAGCAGGCCUGCCUGUUCAGCGCAUCCCCGUCCCCAGACCACAGUGCCGCCGCUCACUCCCAGUGUGGCCUGGGGUCCCACCUCCUGGCCCCGACCCCGAGUGAGGCAGCCCCAGAGCCUGAGCCCCCCGCCAAACAGAUGAGGCUCAAAAAGGCCGUUCACCUGAAGAAGCUGAACUUCCUCAAGUCGCAGAGGUCUGCGGAGCCCGCCCCUGCAGCCACGCCCGGUGACGAUGUGACCGGGAGACUAGACGCCGUUCCUGCGGACGCUCGGGACGCGGCCGGCAGCCGUGGUGCUGGAGAAGGAGGAAGCGCAGAGCACCUUGAGCACAUGAGUGACGCGGAGGGGCCCGGGGACGCGGCCGUCCCGGGAGGACCGCCCCCGGCGCUCCAGUCACAGCGGCAGUGUGCAUGCGAGCUGUGCGGGAAGCCCUUCAAGCACCCCAGCAACCUGGCGCUCCACAGACGGUCUCACACAGGUGAGAAACCUUUUGAAUGUAACAUUUGUGGGAAACAUUUCUCUCAGGCAGGCAACUUGCAGACUCACUUACGUCGGCACUCCGGCGAGAAACCGUACAUCUGCGAGGUCUGCGGAAAGAGGUUUGCAGCCUCUGGUGAUGUCCAGCGCCACAUCAUCAUCCACUCGGGAGAGAAGCCACACUUGUGUGACAUCUGUGGGCGAGGGUUUAGUAACUUCAGCAACCUGAAGGAGCACAGAAAGACACACACGGCCGACAAAGCCUUCACCUGCGACGACUGCGGCAAGUCCUUUAACACGCGCCGGAAGCUGGUGAAGCACCGGGUGCGGCACACGGGCCAGCGGCCCUACGGCUGCCCCGCCUGCGGGAAGUGUUUCGGGGGCUCGGGCGACCUGCGCAGGCACGUGCGCACGCACACGGGGGAGAAGCCGUACGCGUGCGAGGUGUGCGGCAAGUGCUUCACGCGCUCGGCCGUGCUGCGGCGGCACCGGAGGACGCACUGCCGGCCCGGGCCGCGCCGGGACGCGCUGGGCGAGCUCGCGGCGCACGAGCUCCGAGGGCCAGUUCUUCUCCAGCAUGGCUCUGUGGGGACUGGCGAUGAAGACGCUGCAGAACGAAUCCGAGCUGGACCAGUGACGGCGGGCGGCGCAGGCGUCUUGUCUUCCGAGCCCCCAGACGGGCACCCGCGCCGUGGGGGAGCGCCCUUUCUCCCGGCGGCCCCUUCCAGAGGGCCGGGACUCGCUGGAGCACUCCCGUGCUGCAGGGGACUGGUGACUGGAGGCCUCCGGGCCGGGGAGGAAGGCCUGCGGCGGCCCCCCGAGCACACAGACUCGGGACUGGAGGGCUCCGGACAGCGGCCCGCUGACGGGAGCCGGCACCAUGGCCGCACGCUUUGGGGAAAACUAUCCCACUGGCCUCGCUUCCCCCGAGAGUUCUACCAGCUGGGCCUGGCCGGGGACAGGCUGACGGACAAGAGAAAGUUUCGACAAUCCAGUCUAACAAAAGCCUGGCGCUUGGAAGAGAUCAUCUUAGAGGCCUUGAUCGGAGAAGGAGUCAGCAGCAAGGGCCGGUGA